AUGGUUUCUUUCUUGUUUACAUUCUUUCCUUCUUCUUUACUGUUUUUUUAUUAUUAUUUUUUUUUCAUUCCUACUUGUUUUUCUGUCUUUUUUUUUAAGUUUGAUCGUCUUUUGUCUCUCUUUCACUCUUUCGUACUUCCUUUCUUUCAUUCUUGUUUUCGUUCUUUUUCGUCACUUCUUGCUUUUUUUCUUUCUUUCUUUCUUUCUUUCAUUCUUAAAUUUAGUCUUUCUUUCCUUUUCAUUUGUUUUUUUUCCUUUGCUGCUUACUUUCCUUUCUUACAGUUAAAUUCGAUCGACAUUUUCCUUCCUUCAUCCAUUCCUUUUCUCUGUCUUUUCAUUCCUUUUAAUGUUUGCUUCCUUGAUUAUAUUCUAUUCUUUAUUCUUUUCUUGCUUUCUCUUUUCUUCGUUUUUUUUCUCUUUUUUUCUGACCAUCUUUCUUUUUUCUUUUUUUUCUUGUUUUCAUUUAUAUUUUAUUCAUCUCUUUCCUUCCUUACUAUUGUAGUUUCUUUCUUUCUUUUUUGA